CGGUCGGGAAAAGGAAAGUGGGCAAAAGGGAGGAAAAAAACCCCUAAAAACAGCAACUCUGCCACCCGCUCUGCGGGAAAACGGCCGCCCAGGGAGGGCUGCUUCAGGGAGCAAGGGGCAUGAAGAGCCCGGCCGUGGUGGGCGUCCUCUGCACCGACUCGCAGGGGCUCAACCUGGGCUGCCGAGGAACCCUCUCGGAUGAGCACGCCGGCGUCAUCUCCGUCCUCGCCCAGCAGGCAGCCAAGCUCACCUCCGACCCGACCGAUACGCCCGUGGUGUGCUUGGAGUCAGACAGCGGGAAUAUCAUGAUCCAGAAGCACGACAGCAUCACUGUAGCAGUGCACAAGCUGGCAUCCUGACCCUCCGGAACCCACGCAGAGCUCGGUUCCCCACUCCGGCCCAGCUCCUCCUCACUGGACAACCACUCUCCUCUGCUGCUCCAGCGCGGAACAUGCUCGUAGUACCAAACCUGGGCUGAAGGCGCUUUCCCUCUCCACUUAACAGCUCCUUGUGCAGCUAUCGGGGUCUCCAACUCACAUUUUAGCACUUGUUCUGCUGAGGAUGAAACGCGGGUCACUCACCAAGCUCAUGUAAUGAUCAGAUAGUACGAGGUGUGUGUGUGUGUGUGUGUGUGGCCUUAUUUGCUGGAGAAAUCAAUAAAUGACCUGCAAAAACACA